AGGUCAUGGAGCCUGAGGACGCUUCGCUGGACAAACACGUCAAGCUGAAGCUGAAGGACAUGGAGAGGAAGAGGAAGAGGAAGCUGGAGCGAGCCGAGCAGCAGCUGCUUCUGGCCGCCGGCGGAGUGCAGGGACGGUCCAAGUCCAAAGACAUCAAACGGGUUCUGGAGCUCAAGCCCAAGAAGAAGAAGCUUAAGUUGAAUCCGGACAAGUCCCGCGAGCUGAAGCAGCUGGCCAAGCGUCUUGCUAAAGAGGAGAAGGAGCGCAAGAGGAAGGAGAAGGCGGCGGCCAAGGCCGAGUUUCCCAAGGAGGGCCUGGAGAAGAAGAGCAGGAAGAUUCUGGACAUUCCCUCCAAGUACGACUGGUCCGGAGCGGAGGACUCCAACGACGAGAACGCCGUCUGCGCCACCAAGAACUGCCAGCGGCCAUGCAAGGAUAAGGUGAGUGAUGAUCCUUCACUGGAGUCUGACUGUGUUGACAGAGGAACUGCUCACACUAGGCAUGGUUGCCUUGAACCGAGCGCGAUUGUCCCCUGCAGCCCUGCACUCACAUUGCACUUUACGUUCUGGACCGGAAUUAUCGUAAAUAUGAGUUUCUUAAUCAGAAAUGGCAGUGUUUCCCACAGCCUUACACUCCCC